AUGGGUGUUAUCCAAUUGGAAGAGGCGAUUGCCAUGAGACCCAAGAGUAUUAAAAAGUUUUACGAACCCAUGAUACUCUUCAAAGUUUUGACUAUGAAGAUGCUGGCCACAGCAACACAUAGCGAUCUUGAAGAGGUUUGGGAUCUUAACGACCCAAAGCAACUGUUUGAAGCAUUUGUCAACAAGCUAUGCUAUGUCUGUGAUAACCAAAAAGGUGAUAGGGGUGCUACGAUAACUUCUUUUGUCGUACUGCAACCUGAUGAUACUGAUACUAUACAAUACGUUUUUGCUUGCAAUCAGCAAACCAACACCGAACUGCAAGCCACGGAAGGCUUUGUAGAGAAGCUUUUGAAGCUCAUUGGCAACGAUGAAAGACGUAAGAUUUUACUUCAUCAUGUUCUCCGGAACAAUAGGAAGAGGGUCCGCCUGCUUUUCCAAGACCUUGUUAGGGAGACCUCGAAAUGCUUGACAAGGUGUUCAAUUGAUCUUGAGCAAAACCGGGAAUCGGUGCAAGAUUUAUUACACGACAUGAUUAGAGUGCUGCCUGACGAUGAGGAUAUAUUGACAGACGAAGAACCCAUUUAUCUAUCUGGCUGUGAUAGAAUGAUGAAGGCAUUGGAAAAGUUUGAGAAGUCGCCAGCCAGUGAAACCAUCAUCCAAAUGUCUCGCGACAUUCGGGCAAGGGGUCACAACUCAUCAAACGACUGCUGGCCGGAGAUGCUACAUGCGGUGAAGCGCAUUUUGGCGUACCCAUCCUCAAUAAGGUUCUUCAAAGAGGCUCACGCGGCGUUUCCAGAACUUUUUGAAGAAUUCCAGAUUUCCUUCCUACCGUCAAGUAUCCCCCUCGCAAAGAGCCAAAUCUGCCGAGCCAAGAGUUACCAGGCGGAAGGGAUUGUCAACAGGAUGACAAGAAAGAUGGAACACUAUGAGAAGUUUAAAAAACUCGUGAGCGAUCUCCAGCUGUUUAAUCUGGAUGACAGAAUACGGGCCGAGUACGAGAAGGAUAGCUUCCGGCCCUUUGUUCAUUCAGAAGCCCACCUCCAUGGCUGGCUGGGGAAUACGCCGGGGGGAUUCUCUGAGGCGCGUUUCUUCAGAGGCUGGAGGUACAUUGGGAGCAGCAAGCCGACAUGCAAACUCUGCCAUUACUACUUCCAAGAGCAUGGAUCGGGUGUCGGCCAUCGAAUCUGCCACUCGAAUCUCUAUCCGUGUUGGCGACUCCCAGACGUACCUGUUUCAGCCGGGACAGCGGGUGAACAAGAUCGACAAGUGAUUUAUGAUCGAAUCAUCCAAAGAGUACGCAAAGACGCCUUCGACAUCAUAGGGAAGAAGGCCGCGCCAAAAUAUAGAAUGCAUGAUUCGAAUACAUUCUCUGCAAGAAUGCCGUUUGAGGACCAUCUUUCGACCACCGCAUCGGAUUUGGACGAUGUUUCGUCCCUGCUUGGGAAUCUCGAUAUCAAUGAAUAG